AUGAGCGACUUUCCAUUUAUCUGGAAGUGGGACGACACCAGCAAAGAGGUCAUCGAGAACUUGCCAACCUUCAACACUGCAAAAUCAACGCUGUACAGAGCUCGCCGGAAACAGACACCCCCACUACCGAAGACACUUACAGACAUCAAACUGGAAGGAAAAUGGACAGAGACAGAGACUGGUCAACAAUUCCUACUCCUAGACGACACAUUCCUCAACACCAGAAUCAUCACAUAUGCUACUACUGACAACCUUGGAGACCUUGCAGCAUCUGAGACCUUCUUCUGUGAUGGUACAUUUUACACCUGUCCCAGCCUCUUCCAUCAAAUCUUCAGCAUCCAUGUGCGAAUUGACGAUGUGAUGACAUCAAAUGUUUGCCCCCUCUUACCCGGCAAGAGUCAAGCAAUCUACACCAGAUUCUUCUCAACCCUGCAAGAAAAAAUCAACGACCUUGGACUACAGUUUUGUCCUACCAGUGCCCUAACCGACUUCGAGACAGUUAUCCACAAUUCCAUUCGACAAGUGUUUCCUGGAAUCAACACAAAGGGCUGCUUCUUCCACUUCACACAGGCGGUAUGGCGAAGAGCGCAACAGACUGGCCUACAGAUUCCAUACAAAGAGAAUGACGACAUCAAGACAUUGGUUCGAAGAGCAGCUGUCCUGCCUCUAGAUCCUCUUGACUGCAUAGAGGAUGUAUGGUUUACAACCCUGGAAGACCGAGAACUGGGUGAAUGA